AUGCUGCUUGUGGGAGUACCUGUUGAGCAAGUAAACUUCCCUUUUAUUAGCGAAUCUCACGAGGAGAUUGCAAAACGUGGAGGUUUGAGCAGACGCAUGUUCGUUCCUGUUCCAAAUAUCAUUCACAAGGAAUGUCGCGAAAGUCGAUUCCGGCUGUAUCAGUUCACCGUCGACGAUCCCAAGCAUGGAAAAAUCAGCAAGACGUUGGACCGCCUUGAUGCGAUUGAGUGUGCUGUGUUCUAUUAG